AUGUCGACAGCCCAUCGGCCGACGUGGCACACGGCCAUCGGCCGCAGUCCGGGAGCCAACUUCGGGACGUUCAAGGUGUCGAGCCGUGAUAUGCCGUCGCAUACCGAGCUCAAGCGGCGUGCCCCGGUCAACCCCGUUGCCGACGAAGGCGAGGGGAAGGCGCAGAAGACCUCCGAGUACCAGCGCGUGCUGCGCGAGAAACUGGAGAACUCGGAGAGCGCCCACCGUGCAAAGGGGGACCUGCAGGAGCGCAUCGGCGCCACGCGCAAUUUCCUGUCGCUUGAGGACACCGUGAAGCUGCUCAACCAGGACGUCAACGCCUUCCCGGAGGACUCUGACGACUGCGCCGCAGGGGAAGACAACGGCGGCGGCGAGUCGGAUUCGGACGACGAUGAGGCCAUGUUGCUCCGCGAACUCGCCAAGAUAAAGAGCGAGAGGGAGGAGGCUCGGCAGCGCGAGCUGCAGGAGUCGCUGCAGUCGGCUGGUGAGCGUGAGCGCAUCCUCAGCCAGAACCCGCUGCUGGCGAAGACAGCCCCUGAGAGGCGUUGGGACGAGGAUGUGGUCUUCAAAAAUCCCACCAGGGAGGUCAAGGAGAAAAAGGAGUAA